ACAAUAGACCGAGCAACACAACAGCAACCAGGUGACAACAACGCGCGAGAGUCCGCCGCCCCACCCCCGCGCACACAUCCGCGGCUGCCCCGGGACGCGCGGCGCGUCGAGAGGCGCAGCGCGCGCGCCCCAAAUGGGCAGCCAACACACGCCGAUCCCCCCGCGUACGCGCCCGCGCGGGCUGCCUCGGGCCACGCAGAGCGUCGAGCAAAUCCCGAGAGGCGCGCUGCGCGCAACUUCGGGCAGCCACGCGCAUAGUUCCCAUCCCCGCGCUGUCCCGACCGACGCCGUACAACCCCCACGUUAACGCAGGCCCACACACGAUGAGGACUCCCGAUAUCGACUACGACAAGGCCUUGGGGGUCGUCGCGCCCCGUUUCAAGCUCCUCGAGAAGACCGAAGAUGAUGUCGUCUGGGCCGCGCUGCCCAAGCUAGACCAGGAGGUGCUGACGCAGCUGAAGGACCACGACGAGUUCGAACCGGGCCUCGUCAAGAUGACCAAGGCGCUCGGGGACAUGCAGAAGGAAGCGGGCAAGUUUCUCGCGGGCUGGCACGAGGCACAAGAGCGAGUCAAAACCGCGAAAGAAUUGCUGGACGGGUACAACCUCGCGCAGACCGUCGACACGUACGGCGAGCAGCUCGCCACGCACGGCGAUUUGCACGCCGCGCACGUCGCACAGUUCGCCGAGCAUGAGACCUUCAUCUCGGGGCAGAAGACCUUCAACGCGGAGCAGAACACCACGAACGCGUUCGUGAAGAAGGAGCUGGACGCGAGGAAGCAAGAUAAAAACGACCUCAAGAUUAGGAUGAGGAACGUCGAGGGCGAUGUGCGCGAGCAAAAGGGCAAGGAAGCAAUCGUCGAGCGAGUCCUCACGUUUAACAAAGAAACAAAGGAAGAGGAGCUGCAACGCAGCCUUUCGCCGUGCGGAAAUCAAAUUCACGGCGCCUAUCACUUCACGGCGCCGGCGUGCUGA